AUGUCGUCAAGAUGGACUUCUUCCAGAUCAGCAGAUAAAAAAACUCUGAAAGAAGAGAUGCUAAUGCCAGAAAACAAUGCCGACUGUGGAUGUAAGAAUGAUUGCAAAUCGAAACGAGAAAAGCGUUUUCAAUCGACCAAAGUGAAGCAAUUUAGAGAUAUCAGCGAGGAAAGCGAAGGCGCAAAUUCUCGGAUGUCAACCUCACCGAGUACGCAAGAUUCAAUCAUGCCGAGCACUUCGGAAUCGGCAACGUCGGAAAAAAGUAAAAUUGAGGAGAAGAUUGAAGCUGAAAAUGUCAAUGAUGUGAAGGAAUCUGCUGUAAAUCCGGAGAUUGUCGUCGAGAAUACGGAAGUUCCUAAGAGGUUCCUACCACGAAGUAUAUCCGAAUGUGAAGCGAAUGACGAUCGUGACAGUCAACGUUCCAUACUUCGGAAUCCUCAGCUGGCGAAAAUCCGACCGAUCAUGGAAAAACGGCAAUCGUUCGAUUUACCGCUUGAACGGCCGAUAAACGAUAGCACUAACGAGAUGGACGUGAUCGAACGCUACUACCAGAGGAAUCAGGCCACGAUCAAUAGUCUUCAAAGCCGGAAUAUGGAUACGGUCCGCGCCCGAGCAACGGAACGACGUCAUCCCGUAUCGCUGGCGUCGAGAAGGAGCGAACAAUCGGAAGCGGUCAUGCCGUCGAUGAACAUCAGAGAAAGAAAAAAUUUUAACAAAUCGUUCUACUGGAUAGCGGCGAAUCACAAGAAGAUUGGCUUUCGACAUAUUUGCAUGUUGUUGCUGGUUCUCGUUUAUACUUUGCUGGGCGCUUUAAUGUUCUACCUCAUCGAGUCGAAUUACGAGAGGAACACCGUUGUAAUUCGCAAAGGUGCACUUGACAAAACAAUCCUAGGAAUUGCGACCGAGAUGACAAAUAAGGUCAAUGAUCCGGAUGAAACUGUAAAUGUGACUAUGAUGGAGGAAUAUAUCAAGAGAGCUUACGUCACCCUUUUACAACAAGAAUCAGCGUACAAAGGUAGCACAUUCUACAAAUCCGAGGAUCCAGACAAUAACUAUAAAUGGACAUUCGGAAGUGCAUUCUUUUUCUCGAUGAAUGUCUAUACAACAACUGGAUACGGCUCAAUUGCACCGGAAUCGAUUGCUGGAAAAUCAUGCGUGAUGGUUUAUGGUUUUCUUUUCGUACCGUUGACACUUGUUGUCCUUCGAGACCUCGGUCAAUGGGCGCUCGUGCACACAACAAAGAUUUACGCUCGACUACUAAUAAUGUUCAGAAGAGCCCGCGGCUACGGAGAAACAAAAGACGAUGAAAUGAUCAGUUUACCGAUAAAAUUCUGUAUGGGAAUAAUGCUUGGCUACCUGUUAUUUGCCAGCUUGUUCAUUUACGAAUACGAUGCGUUAUCUGGGCCGGCUGGUUCCGGAAUGGACUUCUUCCAUUCAUUCUACUUCUCUUUUAUAUCAAUGACAACUAUAGGACUUGGCGAUAUCAUGCCGAACAAUGUUACGUUUGCCCCAAUCAUCACUGUUCUAUUCUUCUUCGGCAUGCCAAUCCUUAAGGUGGUCAACAGAAGCACGUACAUUUGCGUGGAAAAUGGAGUUUUUGGCACAAUGACAGUGUUUGAGAAUCGUCUGGACAGUUGCUGGACCGGGGUACAACCGAAUGAUGCAGAGGCACAAGCUGUAUCUCCACGGCCGUCAAUAAGAAGUCGUGGAACCGCCACCCCCGAACGAGAUGAUGAAUCAUCCGAUGAGGAGAGUCAAGCGAAUCAAUUCCUGAACAAUUUCACGAUUCGUUCGAUUGCCACGUUCAUGAAAUCACAAUCGGACGUGUACGGUGGCGAUUUCGGACGAGUUAACCUGAGACGCGGCGAUUUACUCCCGCAUAACAACGAGAACACAGUUCGUUCGGUCUCGUCAACAACGCGUCGCGCCGGUGAUCCCUCGGCGCGUUACUAG